GAUUCGCUGCCCAACGUCUACUUGAGUCUGUAUAAUCAGGAACUCUGGAAACAAUUUCAUAAGAAGACAACGGAGAUGAUCAUUACGAAAGUGGGACGCCGCAUGUUUCCGCACUUGCAGUUAAAUAUCGAAGGUUUGCAGAAGAAUUCGCUUUACUGCAUCGUCAUAGAAAUGGAGCUGGCCUCGCAGCACCGUCACAAGUAUUGCGGAAGUAACGCGUACGACGAAAACGCGAACGGGCCCGGAGGUUGGACCAAAGCCGGACAGGCGGAAUCGCAGCCGGAUAUCGAGCGUAGGAUCUACGUGCAUCCCGAAAGCCCAGCGACCGGAGCUCAUUGGAUGCAGCACACAAUUAACUUCAACAAGCUGAAGGUCACCAACAAUGCCGCCGAUCGUGGUUCUAAUGUGCUGUUAACGUCAAUGCACAAGUACGUUCCCAGAAUUUGGAUAUUUCAAAGCGACAGGUUCGACAGCUUUAGCAAAUUGUGUUCUCGGCCACAAACGUUCUUCACCUUCAAGGAAACCGAAUUCAUCGCGGUGACCGCUUAUCAGAACGACCAAAUCACAAAGCUGAAAAUCAACAACAACCCAUUCGCAAAGGGUUUUCGCGAGACGGGGCAUUCGCGGGCCAAGCGCAAGUAUUCCGAUAUGAGUAUUAGUCAAUCCGGUCAAACAGACGGCGAGGACAGCACCGCUUCGUCCGAAUCAAGCUCUCCGUCUGGCAGAACGACAACAACAGCGAUGCCGUCGAGAACUGAUGUCUUGUACAACGAUGCAAGCAUCGGUGCCGUCGACGAAAUCAAAUUGCUGUCACCGAUGAUGGCUCCAGUUCAAGAUUUGUCGUCCGGAGUGCAGAACAACAGCCGAGAUGCGAGGCUGCCGGUGCCGUUACCACGUCCUCACAAACUUCACAGACCUUGGUUGGAUCGAUCGGAACAACUCCCUGAGCCUCAGUUAUUACCGGCACCACCGGUAUCGCAGCUCCUGAUACCGCCACCCCUGUUACCGCCGCAUCUGCUACCGCCGCACCCGCUGCCGCCGCACCCGCUACCGCCGCCCCUGCUACCACCAUCAUCCCUGUUAUCACCAUCCCUGCUACCACCCACGUUGCCCGAUCUGACCUUGUAUAACUUACAUAACUUACCCACGGCAGUUCCCUCAACCUAUAGCCAUAUAUCGAUACAUCGUCAACAUCGCCAAUAUCACCCUUAUCGUUACUCAAACACUCGUGAGCGCUCGUGGCGCAACAUACCUUAUCCCGUAUUCCUGGCGUAGUAUAGGUGUUAAAACAAAUUCUACCAAAGUGAAGGUAACGACAUAAAUGAAGCUGAGAAAUUCGAAGAAUUUGCAUUGUGAACGGACGAAUAUUAGAUUGAUUCAGAAGACGAAUAAUAUUAUGAACACGGACUUUUGAUCUAAUAAA